UCGGCUGCCGGCAGUGCCGGGUCGACGCUCCCGAUAGCAGACGAAUGCAGUGCAUACCUGAUUCAUGGCUGGAGACUUCGAUGCAAGUAUAAAGUAGCUAUCCGCUUGAUAUUAUUUCUUGCCCAUUGGUUGAGUAAAUUGGUAAUCAGGAUGUGUUGAUUUACUGAACAUUUUGAAACUACAUAAGUAUAAUACUGUAAUGUUAAAAGACACAGUUGACCACCUCCCUCUACUACCUCUGAGAAGAGACCUGGCCAUAUGCCUGGUUCUCAGAGAGAGGAAUGGCAGUCUCCACUGAAUGAACUGGCUCCUCAUAGAUAGCUGCUACA